AUGGCCAUUCCCCUGACUCGACUGGGAGGUGAAGUCUUCAACCACCGCCCCAGCCUCGAGGCCGAAGCCGAAUAUGACCGGCUCCGGGGCUUAGCGCGGGAGGAGGCCGCGAAGCGGAACAGCUGUUUCGAUCGGGCGCACCAGGCGUACGAGCGCGGCGACGGCGCCGAGGCCAAGGAGCUGAGCAACCAGGGCAAACGGCACGCGGCCGCGAUGGACGAGUACAACCGCCAGGCGAGCGAGUACAUCUUCCGCGAGAACAACGCGCCGGGCCGCGUCGACGAGGACACCAUCGACCUGCACGGCCAGUUCGUCGAGGAGGCCGAGGAGAUCCUCGAGCGCCGCAUCCGCUACGCCCAGGAGCACGGCCAGACGCACCUCCACGUCAGUCUCGGCUCCCCCACCCCUUCUCCCCCGCCUCCCCCCCUGCUCGCGGCGCCGAUGAAGAACCGCUCGCUUACUCUCGCCCGCCGGCGCCCCCCCUCGCACAGCAUCGUCGGCAAGGGCAACCACAGCGCCAACCGCGUGCAGAAGCUCAAGCCGCGCGUCGAGCAGGUGUGCCGCGAGCUGGGCCUGAAGUUCGCGACCGAGGACAACGCCGGCCGGCUCUACGUCAACCUCCAGGGCGGCGAGGCCGUGCCGCCCCCGCACGGCGGCCACGACCGCCCGAGCGAGGGCCACCAUCACCCCCACCAGCAACCGCAGCCGCACCGCCCAUCCCACCACCACCACCAGCCGCCGCCGCCGGAGGAGGACCACCGGCCCGACGAGCUCGAGCGUCUGGUGUCGCGGUUCGUGCGCAAGCUCGGCGAUUGCUGCGUGGUCAUGUGA